UUUUGCACUCGACUCCAUUUUGCUCGCGUGCGUAGUUCCGGUAGCGGCGGCGGGAAGCUGGCUACUGGAGGCCCUGUAGGCCUCCGCACAGGCGAAUCCGGCGGGAAUCCGAGCCAUCAGAACCGCCACCAUGACGGUGGGCAAGAGCAGCAAGAUGCUGCAGCACAUCGACUACAGGAUGAGGUGCAUCCUGCAAGAUGGUCGUAUCUUCAUUGGCACCUUCAAGGCGUUCGACAAGCAUAUGAAUUUGAUCCUAUGUGACUGCGAUGAAUUCAGGAAGAUCAAGCCAAAGAACUCAAAACAGGCAGAGAGAGAAGAGAAGCGAGUCCUCGGUCUGGUGCUGCUUCGUGGGGAGAACCUGGUCUCAAUGACAGUAGAGGGACCUCCUCCCAAAGAUACUGGUAUUGCCCGAGUGCCACUUGCUGGAGCUGCUGGGGGCCCAGGGAUUGGCAGGGCUGCUGGCAGAGGAAUCCCAGCUGGUGUUCCCAUCUUCUUCCAGGUAGCAAUAGCCCCUCAGAUGCUGGGCCUGUGUCUUCAAUGA